AUGACGUUGGCAUUUGUGGAUGACACUGUGGAGCUCGGCGCUCAGAUUGUGAGAGGUGCUCUCAGGCUGGAGAGGAUAUUUAGGGACAGAAUAAACCCUUUGGCUUUCCCUGAAGAGUAUUUGUAUGAAAGAUACAGGUUCCCGUCAGAAGGGCUGACUUAUCUGUGUCAGCUCCUCGAGCCAUAUAUUCAGGGUGCAACCCUGUAUAUUGCUAAUGCCACACAUCGGAGUUGUGCCCUUACAGUGCCGCAGACUGUAUGUAUUGCUUUGCGAUACUUUGCAACCGGCAGUUUUCUUUAUGCCGUGGGGGAUGCAGAGAACCUAAGCAAGAAUACAGUCUGCAGUGCUAUUCAUAAGGUCGCACAUGCUCUGACAGGGCUCGCACAGACCUUUAUUGUGUUUCCUGGCACAUGUCCCACGCAGACGAUCAAAGAGGGAUUUUACAGCAUGGCAGGGUUUCCCAGGGUGCUUGGCUAUAUUGACUGCAUACACAUUCCGAUCUCUGCGUCCCUGGGAGAAAAUGAAGGCGAUUAUGUCAAUCGCAAAUCCAUCCACAGCCUCAACAUUCAGGCCACCUGUGACCACAGGUGUGUCAUCACCAGCCUUGAGGCAAAGUGGCCUGGAUCAGUCCAUGACUCAAGGAUCUUCUCAGAGUCAUCACUGUGUCACAAACUGGAGCAGGGGCUCUUCAGUGGAGUGCUGCUCGGGGACAGGGGUUAUGCCUGCCAGCCAUUCCUUAUGACCCCCUAUCCUGACCCUGGUGAAGGGCCACAAACCAGUUUCAAUGUGGCCCAUGCCAAGACCAGGGUCAGGAUAGAAAUGACCUUUGGGAUACUGAAGGCCAGAUUCACCUGCCUGCGGGGGCUCAGAGUGGCCCCUGAAAGAGCUUGCCGCAUUAUCACUGCCUGUGUUGUGCUGCACAACAUCGCCACCAUGAGGAAGGAGAGGGCCCCUCCUGCAAACCCCCAACCUCCAGAUGUGGUCGACCCCAUCACCCUAGACUACCCUACUGGCAGGGCUGUCAGAGAUGCCAUCACAGUGUUAUUUGCAUAA